UUUGGCCAGCCAACAAUUUGAUCGAGAGACUUCGGACAGUCGAUUCCUUGUACUGCAUACAUGUGGUUCAAUUGGUCUACCAAAGGACGAUUUUCAAAAGUGCAAUUUUCAAAGUUCAUUCAAUCUCGAGAUCAUUAGUUCGAUUAAUUCAAAAUGAAUUCGGAUCUCCUGAUCUCGGGUGGUCUGUGUGUGUGUUCUACAACUUUCUUGUUUGCGGAAGUCUAAAAUCUCAAUUGUGACUAGUAAUAACUUUAUUGUCACUUGGAUGUGCACGUAUAUCUACCUACGAGUAAACUAAAACUGACAAUAUGUCGCCAAUCAGUUGCAGUAUCUGCAUCGAAAACUUGAUAACUGCCCCCCUCAAGUCAGAGGAUGAGAUUGAAUCCAACAAGAAAUGCAAACUUGACGUGUCAACGGCUCCUUGCGGUCAUGUGUUUCACACGGCUUGUCUGUCCCAAUGGGUCCACCAUCAUCAUCAUUGUCCGCAAUGUCGACAUCCAACUUCAGUCACCUCGAUGAUCAAACUUUAUCUGAGUGAGGAGCAAGAAGUCAAAACCCCUAGGGGCGGUUUAAAUAGCAAAUUGGUGGAGGGAGCCGCCUCCUUGGAACAAACAACACAGGGGGAAUAUCAUACUGAAGCAGAAGACCAUAAAGUGAUCCAAGAUGUCUUGCAAUGUCAACUGGAGGAUUUGGAAAGCCACUUACAAAGGGCGAGAAAGAGCUUGAAUUUGAUGGAGGACCAAUUGCAAGAGAGGGUCAUAGAAUUGAGCGCUCUAGAGAUCAAACUCAUUCGUGGACAAGACCGAGAAGAGAGCCUUCAUCAGACCAUUCAUCAACGAGAUGCUCGAAUUCGAGAGCUUGAACUAAAAGAAACGACAAUUAAGAAUAAUUGGGACGAAGAAAAGAAAAAUCUGGGUAGUCAGUGCGCUCUGUUGACCAAAAGGAACUCUGAAUUGCUUCAAAAGAUAUACAAGUUCAGGGAGGACGAAAGAAGAAAGGAUUUGGACUUGAGGGGACAAACGCAAAACAUUGAGUAUCUAACAGUCAAAAAUGCUCAAUCGGAGAGUGACCUUCAAUCAAAAAAUGAUAUCAUCAUUGAACUGCAGACCCAAUUGGAAAACUCCCAUCGAUUUGAGAGCUACUCUGUUUAUGAAUCUGUGGAUCGAGAUCAAACUCAGCCCAAAGGAAGUUGCUGGUCUAAUUGUUGCCGGUGUGUCAAGUGCUCAAUAGUCAUUGCCAUCAUUCUGGCAAUAUCUUUAGCCUCAUUUGUUGUCAUUCCCUUAAAAGUGAUAUUUACUUCCUCUGAUACGUAGCAUAAACACGAUAUCCAG